AUGGCAGCGCUGCUCUCCGACGAGGAGCUGGCGACGAUUACACUCAAGUCGUCCUUUGUGUAUGAGUAUGGUGAUAUGCCGUAUUUUAGGAGGUGCCUGAAUGAGUUCCCGCUGCAAUUCUUCGCGCGUUAUCGCGCCAACAAGGACGAUCCCUCGCAGCACCGUUGGUCCCGCAUUUUGGAGGUGGUCCACCGCCAGAGUGGCAGCAGCAAUAACAAUGGGGAUGUAGCUGCCGCAUCUGCAACGGCGGCGCCUCUCAAGUGGAAGGAGAAACAGUUCCUAAUUGCGCUGCGCGUGGAGGGCGAGGAUAAAUGUGUUGAGCUCCCGCGUCUCUCCAGCAAGCUGCCAGCCGCAGAGGAGGUAAUGGCGUACUGCGCACGCCGCGCAGAGCAGCAGCUACACACCGCUAACGGCAACGCUGAGGUGUUGGGCGCCGAUGCACGGUCGCAGCUGCCCAGUGCGCAGGAAAUACAAAAAAUGAAGGUGUUCCGCCACGGCGUCAUCGUGAACCACCAAUGGACGCCGGAGGAAGUGGCGGCGGCUCGCGAGCAAAACGAGCGCAUUGGCCGUGUGGGUGCCGGCAGCGCGCCAGUGCGCCUCACCGUGACGUCGCUACACAACAUGCGACUUGAGACGGAGCUCGGUAUCGCGUCGAGCCGGCACAUGACGGGCCCCACAGCCAUGGCGCUGGAGCGGCGUAGCGGCAGCGACCUCGCACUGCACAGCGGGCGUCGCGCAGAGUCCCCGGCA